CAAAGCCAGUCUGAUUCCGAACACCAGCACGGAACAUACCUGUGUUCUCGACGCAAAGCAGUUUUAUAUGUUUCGGCCUCUAAGCAAGUAAUGUGCCUCAGGGGGGAUGACAGGUCCAUAAGGCAUCACGUAGGAGCAGGAUUCCUUUUCACUGCUAGUAUGAGAUUUAAGUGAAAAGAAGUAAAACAGCACGUAUAAAGGGAUUCAGGCAGGAAAGUGGUGCAAAGGAAGUCAUAAUAUUACAAAAUCAUCACCAGAACAUCAGGUCGCAAUGCCUACUAAGGUGCGCUCUGUCAAGACGCUCGUCCUAGGCUUUCUCAUUGGCCUCGCUACUUCCAAGAGGAGCCUGUUCAGUGAUUUAUGGAUGAAAUGUUGAAAAAAAGGUGUUUGACUUCAGUCGGGGAAGCUAAGGAAGUUAUGUCUACCAAUCAAUGACACAUUUCACAGGAAGGGGGGGGAAAUAUUUCAUCCCACAAUGCAGUCUUAGGUUGAGGGAAUCCUGAGUGAUGGAGGACCACACGCAAACUUCCCCCUUCACAACAGCGGCCUGGUUGUGCCUUGCGGAUCGACCAACGCAGUGACAAUGAAUACUGUGUUCAUCAUCAUCAGUCCAGGUUAUCCAGCGUCCUACCACCCGUACACCUAUUGCAGAUGGAGUUUCUACAGCACAACUAGUCCCGGUGGGCAGUUACAGAUUCAGUGUCCCUUAUUCGAAAUUGAGUCGUCGUCACCGUGUUCAGGCGGAGCAUUCCUCGCCGUGCAAACCUUGGACGACGAGGAGGGACAGCGAUUUUGUGGCGAAAGUCAACCUCAAGGAAUAAUUAGCAGCUCCAUGACGAUACAUUUUUGGGGAGGAUGGCGCCUGAAUUCUAAUAAGAGAGGUGUCUACUGCGCCGUGAUGCCCGCGACCUCUCUCCCCCCACCCCCGCCUUCGGCUUCCUGCCGGUGUGGGCGGCGAGGCACCAACCUUCGUAUCGUGGGCGGGGAGAGUGCCAAUCUACAUGAGUGGCCGUGGAUGGCGCUGGUCCUGCUUCCAGGCGGGUUCUGUGGCGGGGCGCUCAUCAACGACCGCUUCGUGCUCACCGCCGCGCACUGCAUUGACUCGACGGUGCUGCCCAACCCCGCCUUGCCCCCGGUGGUCCUCGGAGAACACCAGCGCAGCGUCCUGGACGAGACGCCCUUCACUCUGGUGCUGCGAACAACGCGGGCCAUUCCCCACGAAGACUACGACGGCUCCGGGGACACCAAGAAUAACGACAUCGGGCUUCUGGAACUCGCCACUCCUGUUAACCUGGCAAAGACUCCAAACAUCGCCCCCGUCUGCCCUCCCUCGGCCAACAGCACGGACACGGCUUCGCGAGUCACGACCAUUGGAUGGGGGUUCACCAGCUCGGCAGGAGAGCAGGCCGACGUGUUGCAGAUGGUGGAGCUGCUGCCAGUGGCUCUGGAGGAGUGCCGCCAGCAGUACGAGGAGGGCGCUAUCACCGAGAACAUGAUUUGCGCCGCGGACACCAACAAGGACUCCUGCUUCGAUGACAGCGGUGGGCCGCUUAUGGCAGAAGUGGAUGGCCACUGGGAAAUUAUUGGUAUUGUCUCCUUCGGCCCCACGGUGUGUGCCCAGCCAGGUGUGUCCGGCGUCUACACAAGGGUUGAAAACUACCUGCCGUGGAUCAGCUCCAAAAUUGGUCGCCCCAGGACUUGCCCGCCCGCCUGAAGCCACCAGAUGCUGUUUCUCAUCUCAGAAUUAUUAACUGAACCUCAAAGCAGCUGCGAUGGCAAAGACAGAACGAAAAUAUUUAAACGUUUUAAUCUAGCUAGUCACAGUUCGCAAUCUUAACAUUACGAAAGGAAAUAUUUAAAUUAUGCUUACAAUGGGAAUCAGUUUGUAUGGUUGCUGACAGAUAAUGUUAGUUAUUUCAAUAACACCUAUCACAUGUGGAUGGCAGAAACACCUGUAUAACAUUUAACUAAUGAUGCAGAAUUUCUUUAAGUAGUACAGCGAAUAGGCAGAGUAAUUCGCAAUAAGAGGUCAUUAUACCACGACAGCCUUCCCAUAAGAGCAGUGGUGGGCAGGAUAAGGUGAAGUACUAAGAUGUAAUUUUUUUUCUUUUAGUUAUAUAUCAACAUCAUUCCAUACAUCUGUUUCUGGCUUAUGUUUUAUGUACUGGAGAAUGUUACCAUGUUAUGGGCAUCAGAGUGUGUGUAUGUGUGUGUGUGUGUGCGCUGUCACAGAAUAUUGGUUACUACCCAUAAGCAUGGAUAUUGAUCAAAUCAAAUCAAAUCAAU